CCGCCACUCCCAAUCCAGGAAGCGGCGGUUCCGAUGGAAAAGGAGGAGCCGGCGGUGAAAUCCCUAAAUCUGAUUCGUGGCAGACUCUGCAAUCCUAGUUUUGUCUUCAGAUCUCUUUCAGGUUCACCGGACGGCAACUAUAGCAAGUUGAAGUUUAUAAUAUCGAGCUCGGUCUCAGAGGGAUGUAACAACACCAUCUUGCUUCUGGGUCCUCGCGGUUCUGGAAAAGCUGCUGUAUUUGAUCUCGUUGUAGGUGAUUUAUUACAAGAAUUUCCUGAUUCAGUGUCCGUGAUCAGAUUGAAUGGACUCUUGCAUAGUGAUGACAAUUGUGCAUUCAAGGAAAUUGCCAGACAGUUAUGUACGGAGCACCACUUGCUAUUCUCAAAAAUGGCGUCAUUUGAUGAGAAUUUACAGUUCAUGAUAGCUAUGCUGCGGGAAUGUGGUCUAGCACAUAAGACUAUCAUUUUUGUGCUUGAUGAAUUCGACAUGUUUGCACAGGGUAAGCAGCGAUUGCUUUACAGCUUGUUGGAUGCUAUGCAAUCUGUAACAUCACAAGCGGUUGUUGUCGGUAUAAGUUCUCGCCUGGAUGCCGACCAACUUCUGGAGAAAAGGGUGAGAUCUCGCUUUUCUAACAGAAAGCUUUUGUUUCUUCCUCCAUCUAAGGAAGAACUUGACAGCUUAUUGGUACAUCUGCUGUCUCUGCACACGGACUCAAGCUUUUCCAAUGAAUAUGUUACUCAAUUCAAUGAGAGGAUUAAAAAAAUAACUGCAGAUGCAAGAUUUAAAGAUAUACUGGAGACAUUUUUUAAUGCCAAUUCUACUGUCAACAGCUUGCUGAAGCUUCUGUUCAGUGCCGUUUCUUCGAUGGAUCUGAAUUCCGGCUUGCUCUCCCUUGAGAAUUUCAAAAGUGCACUUUCAAUUAUGCAAAGGCAGACGAAGUUGGAAGCUGUCAGAGAUUGUUCGGUGCUGGAACUCUAUAUUCUGGUAUGCAUGAAGAGAUUAGAAGCUAAGGAGCAAAGCUCAUACAAUUUCAACUCAGUCAUGAAAGAGUACAAGGCUAUACAUGAUUCUUUCCAAACUUCGGAUUACUAUGCGCGAACAGUCUGCCUACGGGCAUUUGAGCACCUCCUACAACGGGAACUAAUCUGCUAUGCAGACAACAGGGGGCAGGCUCAGACAGUUGAAUAUCGUCCUGCAAAUCUUCUGAUAUCAGCCUUUGAGCUUCACCAUGGAAUGAGAUCACAUAAGUGUUGCCCUGCAAUUCUUCUCAAGUUAUUGGAUCAUCUUUGAAGAAUCCAAAUUUGCGUCUUGUGGCGUGCUCCUCACGCGCUCCCUUUUACAGCUUCCCCCUCUACUUGUAUCUUACAUUUCCUAUGCCUCUGUUUUUUAUAUUUGAUCUUGUAAUUCUAUCCGAGUUCUAAAAAAGAGUUUUUCUAUCUAUUGCAACGGAGAGACGCCGUCCAUUUGAGCAUUAGCAUCUUGGAUGUGAAACUAAAACAAAGUUUACACGUGGACGGUCGGGUAUGAACUUUUCGGCUCUCGGUAUGAGCCCAGUGUUUA